AUGGUGGCUAUAGAUUUUACAGCAAGUAAUGGUAAUCCUGGUUCACAAUGGUCUUGGCACUACAUUGACCCCUCUGGCAGUCUAAACUUAUACCAGCAGGCAAUACAAGGGGUCGGCAAAGUUCUGCGGUUGUAUGGCAAUGGUAGCAAAAUUCAAGCAUUGGGUUUUGGUGCAUCUAUACAAGGCCAUCAUCUAUCAUACUGUUUCAACUUGGUCAAUGAGGAGCUCACAGGAGUUACUGAGGUAUUUGCAGCUUAUGAAUCUACUCUAAAAGUGGUUUCUCUUGCGGGGCCAACCAUGUUUGGGCCCGUGAUCAACAAAGCUGCAGAAAUUGUCAGCCAUUCUGUGGAAAACGGAAAUAAAACAUAUUCGGUCUUGCUCAUUAUUACGGCUGGAGUAUUUACCGACAAGCAAGAAACAAUAGAUUCUAUUGUGAGGGCAUCAGAGUUGCCGCUAUCAAUUCUCAUUGUGGGAGUAGGAGAUGAUGAUUUCACAGAAAUUAAGAUGCUAGAGGCGGGCUACGGUAAGCGGCUGGAAAGCUCAACAGGUCAUGUCGCGAGCCGGGACAUUGUACAGUUUGCUCGCAUGAAGAAAAAUGGAGGUCAGAAGGUUCUCCAAGGUCUGCUGGAUAAGCUACCUGGGCAGCUCGUGGAGUACAUAUCCAGCCCCCGCCCGGUGGAUUACCACACAUUAGACAAACUUGGGCUAGCAAUUGGAAAAACCGAGAGAUAUUUUGCCACCAACCAUUUGGGUGUGUUUGGCAGCAAAUUAUUGUAA